AUGAGUCAUUUUGAAAAUGUGAUAAUCACUAAAAAUGAAGAAACCUCACAAAAUGAACCCGCCCAAAAUGAGCAAAAUGAAGAAUCUAUGCAAAAGGAAGAAUCUGCUCAAAGGGAAGAAUCCGUACAACAAUUUCCCCGAAUUAAUAAUGAUCGUAAAACCAAAAAUUAUCGAAAGGGACGUUUCAGUGAAGAGGAGGAUCGAAUGUUGAUCGAAAAAUACAAUAUGUUUAUUGGAGAUCAUAAACAUAACAUUUUUUCUGUCAUCGAACAAUAUUUGAAUAGAAAUCCAAAAUCUCUUAGAGAAAGAUACUGCAACCACCUGGAUCCAAAUAUUGAUCAUAGCGAACUUAGUAAAGAAGAAAAGGCUAAAAUAAAAUCUAUUUACGAGACCUUAAAAACUCCAUCAUUUUCGGAGAUUGCACGUAUUCUUAAUACGUACAAUUUAAAAGGUAAUAGGAAGCGCCGUACAGAUCUCGUGGUUAGAAAUUACCUUUCUCCUCGGUUAAGAAAGGAGAAAAGAAUUAGAGAUAGAAUGAGUCUUAGUGUUAUUUUGAAUCAAUAA